ACUCGGACAACGCGCAGGAGGAGAGGGACAGUGCUACUGUCGGGCAGAGAGAUGGGGGCGGGAAUGAAGCGGGGCCCCAAACCAGCAAGCGUGCAAACAAGCGGGGGGGGGAAGAUGCUGCUGUGAAAAGCAAGAAGCAAAACAUCCCGUGGUCCUUGGAUGAGAGGAUCGCGGAUGGCCGAGGACAACGCCCUUAUGGCCGACGCCGAUGGGCAGCAUCGGUUUAAGCGGAGCAAGGACCGGUAUGAGUGGGUGCACGAUCGGAUGGCGGAGCUGGGGUUUCCGCACAGGUCGGCGAAGGAUUGUCGUAAGAAGUGGCAGGGCAUGAUGGUUGCCGUGAAGUUGAUUCUCGACAAGUGUGAGAAUGCUUCGGGGAAACCUUCCUACUGGGACAUGACCCUUGAGGAGCGGAAGGCGGAGCAGGUUCCACUAGGCUUUGAGAAAGCUCUGUGGGAAGCGAUUGAGUGGAAACUUAAUCGGCCUUCCAUCAAGUGCGACAAGACGCUGGUGUCGGAGAACCUGCCAGCUAACGCGGGGGGGAAUUCUUCGAGCGGCGGUCCUGCACAACCGUCGUCGGGGAGGAGCGCUUCUGACGAGAAAGCAACGGAGGAUUUUGACCACGCAGCGAAGACACAAAGGACAAACACCGGCAAAGCGAGGAUGGACGACACGAUCAGCGGAGGGACAGCAUUGGAGCGUCAUCAGAACAUGGAUUGGGGACCCAGCCUCAUGAACGAGCACAUGUGCGUUUACUACGCGCUUGUUAAUGGCCUCCUCACGAUGAGGAUGGUGGCCGGGUUAGGGUACGAGCGAGACAGCAGCCUUGCGGAGGUUGUCUUGUUCGUGAAGAAGCUGUCCAAUGUCGUGCCGGACUCGUGGCUUGGCCCGCGCCYUGAUGUCGUCGGGGACAUCGUCCGCUAUCUUGUCUCUGCCUUCGCCGAAGAGCACGUGGAGACCAGUAGCAACAGCGCGUGCUACGUGGCGCACAUGGAGCCUCCACUUCGGGAGAGAGGGUACCUGCAUGGGGCGGUCCAGACAUGGUGCCCGGACGAUGACCUCCGGGCUGCGCGUAACAGGUGGUAGACCGCCUUCCACAGAG